CGGCAAUACACCCAGAGGUACAUAGUUCUAGAACAUCUAACUGAAGUGAGUAACGGUUAUUUGUUCAUACUAUCUGCCAUGUUCCAAGCAGUUAUCUGGUAUGUCUAUAAGCUCGACGGGAAACAACACUAGAUUCAAACAAGAUGGCGUAUGUGUGGGGUCAAAGCGGAUGUUCUCCUCGUUCUUCGAAGCCCAAUGCUGUAUUGCAGCUGUCAAGUGAGGCGACGGAAGUCCAUCUUAUAUGUAGAACUAAAACCAGGGAGCUUGAUGCGAGGGUCCAUCAGCUCAGAAGAUUACCACUCCUAGGGGAAGAAAGGUCAAAACAGGAAGAGGUGUGGAACUAUUGAUACACCUGGAAGGGUCCUAUACUACUUCGUGCAAGAAGCUUAGUUGAGGGUGACGGAGAGAAGGGUCCAAACGAAUUAGAUGUCUGUAAUAAGUUUCCUCAAAGCAUCGAAUAGUAGUGUAGUCUUUGGGCUACUCUGCUUGUGCUGUUGUUCUGGAUGGAUAACUACGAUGCUGGGCCAAGGGAUUAAUGCAUACCAGGCGACCGUCCAGGAAGAGGGUAUCGUGAGCUCCCCGUCUGGACAAGUUCUAUUCAUUGAAUAUUCUGGUCCGUUAAGAAUAACUGCCUCAGGCUCUGGCCUCAAUUCGGGCCAAAGGCGGCGGCCGAACACACAGACCAGUCACGAGAAUUCUGCCCGUUGGGGAACAAAUAGCAAAGCAGGCAUUUCCAAAGCCGGGUCCAUCCAUUUCCACUCCGGCCCAGUUCUCCCCGUAAUCUUUUGUUGGGUCAAACACCGUCGAGAUAUGAGAUCAUACCUAUGUAAACCCGGCUUUUGCGAAAUGACCAUGACUGACGCUCAUAUCAAUAGUCCAGACAGCUUUCUAUUCCCGGGCAACGUAAGUGUACGUAACGUUGUUACAUCCUUUGUAGCGGUAUAGGAC